CCGUUGGCACCUGCUGUUCUCCCGGAGUCGCCACGAAGCCUGCGGAAACUCCCGGCUUACGGUGUGCUGGCUUGCGGGAUACACUUACCUGGUGGAGCAUCCUCUAUCGUCUGCCCGGGCAUGCCAAUGCUGACCGACGCUCAGCGCCGCCUCACAUCUACAGUCUGCUGUAUGUCUUCGUGCGUGAUGUAGGCUCGCCCUACCCUCAGCGCGCUGGUGUUACAGACGGGCCAACCUCGUCUACCCUCCAGUGCUCCGAAAACGGCGCAAGCGCCGUUCACUACGGCGCCGCACCGCCCCUGAACGGAAAUUCAUCGCAUUUAUCGUCUUCAUACAACCUUGCCUCAGCCGACGCAUCGACACAGACAUCAACCUUCACGCAUAAAACACGUCACCCCCUCGCUCCCAUCAGUGGGCUUGGCAGCACUCCGACAAUGCGGUUCACUGACGCCUGACGCCUUUUCGCAUUACAGGGCAUUGAAUAAGAACGUGCAGGACUGUGACAUUUUGGCCGCACUUGCCACAAGUCGGAGGAUACCCCCCAGUCAAGAGGUAAAAUGGAGAAAGAAAAGGAAGCCUGUCGGCCACGGUCUGCGGCAGCAGCCGCGGAGGCCGGGUCUGCCAUGUCCUUCACCAAGGAAGACGAACUGAACGACGCGCAAGUGUCCGAGCUGCGGGACUUGUUUUUCAAGUUCGACACGGAGCGCACGGGCACGGUGGCGUUCGAGCACGUCGACGAGAUCCUCCGAACCGCCGCCCGAAUCAUCACCGACCCCGAGUUCAAGAAGCGCGUGAAGAGCACCGUGCCCGAUGACCUUGGGAAGAAGGUGCAGUUUCCAGAGUUUGUGGAAAUGGUGCAGAAGUGCACACGUGCGUUCAGCCCUCAGACAGACCUGCGCGACGCAUUCCGCGUAUUCGACCGCGAUGGCCAUGGAUUCAUCACGACGGCCGAGCUCCGUCACGUGGUUACCACACUGGGCGAGCGCAUGACGGACGAGGAGGCCGACGAGCUCACCCGGGAGGCGGACCCCACCAACGCUGGCCAUGUGGACUACGAGGAGUUUAUCAAGAUGAUCUCCACGCCAGUUCCACCGGACCAGUAUGGCGUGCCGCCCAAGAAGAGGCCGCCGUCGAGCACCGAAUUGCAGGAGCCGGGCCCCGACGAUGUGACGCCAAGUGCGUCAGGCGUGCCAGCAGAGCGGGUGUCGGUGAGCGCUGUGUCCGAGGCGCAUGCCGCGGGCGGCGAGGUGGCCGCGGCGGCCACCGAAGGCGGUGACAAGUCCGCGGUAUCCUCAGCACCAUCGUCCGAGCAUCGCAGUGACCACAAGUCCAUCCAGGGUUCAGGAAAAUCCCCCGGAAAGGGGUCCGCCUCGGGCUCCGCCAAAGAGUCAGUCUCGGCCUCUGGCAAAGGGUCUGCCUCGGCUUCCGGAAAGGGAUCCGCGAGCGCAUCCGCAGAAGCGUCCAAGAAGUCCUCCCGCAAGGGUUCUGGUACCCUGGAGAGUCCGGACGCUCCUGCUCCCGGUGGUCCUCCCAUAGAGGCAGUCGCGCACGAAGCACCUGCCGAGAAGAAGGACAGCCAGCUGGCGAACAAAUGAUGUCAGAACUGGCCUCAGAAUCGCAUCUGGUGGUGGAAACGCUGGUGCAGAAUCGCAGAAUCGCUGGUGGCGCCUCCUCUCCUUGCUCCUUUCGCCGGUGAUAACCGCUUUCCUGCGUCUACCAUGGACUGCGCCCGGACACUCAUGAGCCACUAAAGGCAUACACCUUAAUAUAUAGGCAAAAAGAUGCUUGCUAUAUGAUCAAUCACUGAAGCGCAUGCGCAAUGGCAUCCUAUUGUGCAAGA